AAAGAAAAUAUACAGUCGCAUAAACGUAUUUACAACGCAGUUAUCCAAAAUUAUUUAUAAACAAAAUAUAUAGUGCUCUAUUAUCGUCACAAUUCACACGAAAUUUAUCAAAAUUAUAAAAAUUACAUAUAAAUUUGUUAUCAUAUUUGUUUGUACUAGUCAUUAAACUGUUUAUUAUACUGUCCGUUUUUAACAUGAAGGAGGAAGAUGCCUUAAAAAACAUGAGUACUUGUCAAACAUGAAUAAUAAACAGUUUGAUAAUAUAAGCAUGAAACUCACAAGAAUGAUAUUUUUCAGUAUUUUAUUAUAGAUUCAUGUAAAAUAUACAUGCGUUAAUAUACACCUAUAUUAUAAAUAUAACUGUCACUACAUCAGGAUGUAGUGAAGAAAUGUGCAUUUCUUAUAUAGUUUGAAGAGUCUUAUUAUGAGACUACCAGUGUCUUAAUAUGCCUACCAGCAUAUCUUGGGGGCUAUUGUUUACUUUAAGAUUAUACUACUAGUCACAGAGACAGGAAGUUCUUUGUUCUCCUCCACCUAUGUUCUGGGAGAAGCAAACCCCAGUCAUUCUGAAUGUCGAAGUGAUGCAGUAAGGUCCGAGUUACAUAACAUUGCAGCAGAAAGUUUUUAGUUAUUUUGUGGAACAAACUACAGGCCCAAUUCGAUUGUUAUCUGAAGGUUUUACCGAAGAUAUGAAAGUGAAGUUACGAGUUGCUGAAUAAAACAGAAGUUGGUUGGACUUUAGCAAAUUGUUUCCAGUGUUCAUUUUCAUCGGUGUGCCUUGUGAAUAACAACAGUUGGAUUUAUUGUUAGACGAAACUCCUUCAUAUAAAGAUUUAUGAAGGCAGCCACAAUAACAAUCGAAGUCUGUUAUUCGAAGUCGAAUAACAAGCGAAGUUCCACAAUAACGAAUGAAGUUCGAAUGACAAUCGAACAUCAAUUAAAAGACUUUCGCAGCAGUUUAAUGAACUUGUAAGCAGACCUAGGUUUAUAAAGGCCUGAAGUCAUGCCUUUAUCAGAGCCUGCAUUGCGACGUGGAGCGACAACAGAGAGGACUUCCAGAUCGAAGGCUAGGAGUCUAGCAGGUGUUAAGUUCACCAAGAGCGAUGUGGAAGCAGGACAAUGUGAUGCAGUCAUCACGAAGGCUACAAGUGUAGCAAGCUCACGGAAGUCUCGUGAGAGUGCGAGGUUGACAGAAGCCUUUCAAGCAGAACUAGCUGUCAUGGACCACGAGGACAGGCUUGAUGCUCUCAAGGCUGAGCGCGAGCAUGCUGUGAGAGCAGUCCAGAAGGAGGAACGGAAGUUACAAAAAGUGAAGCUGAGAAAGGAGACGGCUGCUAGAAUAGCGGAGUUGGAAGGAGAUGAAGAGAGUGAUGGCUCUGAAGCCGCCAUCGAACAUAUUACCUUGCCAAAGGAACAGCCAGGAGAUUCCGUCCACAGAUUCUUCAAAUCUCAGCAAGACGUGACAAUUGGCACAGCAACUCCUCCUCUUGACGGCACCUCUAGCCAGACAGGGUUUGAAAAGAUGGCAGAGUCGAUGACUGAUAUGGCAAAGGCCAUCAUGCAACAGAAUAUGACGACACAGAGACUUGCUGUUGCUAGUCAACUUCCAAAGUUAGAGAUACCUAUAUUCAGUGGCGAUCCUUUACGGUACAGGCUUUGGAAAAAUGCCUUUUCAAACUUGGUGGACUCCAAACCCCUCGACGGAGCUACCAAGCUGAGCUAUUUGAAUAGCUACGUAGCAGGACUGCCAAGGAAGGUCGUAGAGCACUACAUCCUGCUGGGCACAGACGAGGCAUAUUUCCAAGCCACAGAACUGUUACAAAAAAGAUACGGCAGUGGCAGUAUUAUCAGUACAGCAUUUUCGAAGAAGCUGAGCAGCUGGCCACGUAUCUUCGACAAGGAUCCUGGAGGACUCCGUCAAUUCUCUGACUUUCUAGAGCAGGUGGUGUCGGCUAAGUCAACGGAGUCAUCCUUGGGGAUAUUGGACUAUCCUCAAGAAAACAUAAAGAUGUUGAACAAACUGCCCCUACAUCUAGAAAGGUCAUGGCGGGAUGAGGUAAAUAAAUGGCAGACAAGGGGUCUUGGGAACUACCCUACUUGAAGUCUUUGCCG